AGAGAGAGGCGUGUCAGGGGCGGAACCUUUCUUGGCGGCUCCGGAGCCCCCUCUCGCCGGCCCCAUUAGACAGAAGCACCGCCGGCAGCAUGGCAGCAGCUACUGCAGCCCCAAGGGCAGCUCGGAGGCUUUAGGAUUCAGCCUGGAUGUUUGUCUCUUCUUUUGCCUCAGUUGCUGUAGGAGCUGCUCUUUCUGCGAUUUAAAGCAAGGGGCACGGAGGGGAAGCAAAGAACUGAAGGAAAAGGGAUCAAGGGAUUGAGCACUAAAGAGGUUUUGAGAGGAAGAUCAUGCAAUGUUCUACUUUCACUUCUUGGUCCUCAGAGAUUUUUAAGUACCACAUUCAAGGCCUCUGAUCUCCAGAUUGAAUUAACCAAGGACCCAAAGCCCAAACCAGACCCAGGGAACCUGAUCUUUGGCAAAACAUUCACUGACCACAUGUUAACUGUGGAAUGGAGCAAAGAGAAAGGUUGGGGCAAACCAUACAUCAAGCCUUUUCAGAAUAUUUCUCUCCACCCAGCUUCUUCUGCCUUGCACUACUCAGUACAGCUCUUUGAGGGGAUGAAGGCUUUCCGGGGCGCAGAUAAGCGCAUCCGACUUUUCCGUCCCAUGAUGAACAUGGACCGCAUGUUACGCUCCGCUCUUCGUUGUUGUCUGCCUUCCUUCAACAAGUCAGAGCUCCUUGAGUGCAUCCGGCAGCUAAUCCACCUGGACCAAGAUUGGGUGCCCCACUCCGACACAGCCAGCCUCUACAUCCGGCCCACCUUCAUCGGCACUGAGUCCUCCCUGGGGGUCGCCACGUCCAAACACGCCUUACUUUAUGUGAUCCUGGGUCCUGUAGGCCCCUAUUUCACCACAGGCUCCUUCAACCCCGUUUCUCUCCUGGCUGAUCCCCGCUUUGUCCGUGCCUGGAUGGGUGGCGUUGGUGACAGCAAAGUGGGCGGCAACUAUGGCCCCACCAUUUAUGUGCAGAAUGAGGCUGCCAAUCAGGGAUGCCAGCAGGUUCUUUGGCUGUAUGGCGACAAUCAUCAGAUCACUGAAGUUGGGACAAUGAACAUCUUCAUGUUUUGGAAGGACCAGCAAGGAGAUCUAGAGCUGGUCACCCCUCCACUAAAUGGAAUCAUUUUGCCAGGUGUGACCCGGCAAAGCCUCCUAGAUCUGGCUCAGAAAUGGCGGGAAUUCAAAGUUUCUGAGCGAAUUAUCACAAUGGGUGACCUGAUCAAAGGUCUAGAAGAAAAGAGGGUGAAGGAAGUGUUUGGUUCUGGCACUGCAUGUGUUGUUUGUCCUGUGAACAGAAUCCUCUACCAGGGCAAGAAUUACCACAUCCCCACAAUGGAAAACGGACCUGAGAUCGCAAGACGAUUUCUGAAAGAGUUGACAGAUAUUCAGUAUGGCCGUGUUGCCAGUGACUGGGUCCUGCAGGUGUGAUGCCAACAAAGUGACAGACGCUUGCUUCAUCCCGGUCCCAUAUCUAGCCUCUGUUUUUCAACUGUCGUAUUUAUGAUCCAGUUCUAUAACUUUGGCAUUAAUGCCUUUUACUCCGUCAAGAGUUUGGACUGGCUGAUUCGCUCUUUAAGGAACUGGUCUGCCUGUUACGAUUUGUGGCUGUCAAACACUCCUCUCUGGGAAGAUCCAGGGCUCAGAAGGACUCAGAGCUGGCCUCUCUGUGGUGGCAGAGAAUCUCUGGACUGAAAUGGCCUCCUCUCCUCCUCUCUCAGUUCCAGAAUUCAGCUGCUUCCAGAGUGCAAUAUUGAGAAGGAGGAUGAUCUUGUGUAUCUUUAAAACUGUUAAAAUACAGACACACGCACACUUUUUAAAAUAAUAGUUGCUUGAAUUCAAGCAAAAAAAAUUACAAAUUUGAAGACUCAAUUUUUUAAAAAAACAUCAAUUGUUAGUAUCAUAACAAUUGGUGCUGAAAUUUUAGUUUUUGCUUCCUCUGGCUGGAAAAGACCGUUCAUUUGGUUUUAAUUCUCUGCCGUCUUGCUUUACCUUUCACACCUGUAUGGUUCUGUUUUAGAUGAUGAAGCUUUGUCUAAAUUAGGUUUUGGGAACCAGCUUUCAGUUCAGACCUCUUUGAAACCAGAGAUAGCUUUUUACAUUGAAAAUUAUUAUUUAAAAUUAAAAACAACAUCUAAUAUAAGUUU